AUGUCUACAACUACGAAGAAGUUUCGUGAGUUUAUGGCCGAACCACUUGGCGAUAAAACUAUUAAAGAAGUACCUGGAAUUGGUGAGGUAUUGGGUACAAAAUUAACAGAAGCUGGAUAUGAAAGAGCUUACGUAUUAUUUGGUAAAUUUUUAUUGAGCAAUAAAGAUGCAGAAUUAUUUCAAGAUUGGCUGCAAACUCAAUGUGGAGCCAAUGCGCAUCAAGCAAAAACAACGACACAAGCAUUAUCCGAAUGGGCAGAAGCAUUUAUUUAG